AUUUUAGUGUCAGUUCCAGUUUGUAUAUGUUCUGCGAUAUUAUUGAACUGCGGAAAGGGAAAAACUAAUUGAUCUGUAAACCUCAUAUGACAGAUAAACAUUUUUGUCAAAUUAAAUUUGAAAUACCUAUUCUAAAUGGCUCAAGCUUUUGUGACUACUAUUCAAAAUUGUUACAGAUAUACCCCGCAAGCUGCUUUCCCACUCAUACGUCAAGAAAGAUAUUACCCAGACUGUUACGGAAAAGAUUGGUAUAACAGUAAAGACCAAAAACAUGAUGAAGAUUUUCAUAAAAUAGAGAUAGCUGUUAAAAAUCAGCAUAUUAGAAGAGUAUCAACAUCUACGUACAAAUUUGAUUAUUGUCGAGACUGGACACCACCAAUAAUUAUAGAAGAAAAUUCUGAUAAGCCUAAAGAGCUGGGAGAAUUUCAUUUAAUAGAUACGUUCAGACCUGUUUAUCAGAAGAACAGAGAUCAAAUUAAACUUAUACAGCCACUUCAAUCAUCAAGAAAUAUUUUUGGAUACCUUCCUAAAUCGGAUAUUUACAUACCAAUGUCAAGUUUUCAAGAUUGCUAUGGCAAAUUAGGAUUCGAACUAUUAGAAAAGGCACAUUUUUUACAGAAGAAAUCUUUAGCUAAAGAGAAAGAAGUCGCCUAAUUCAUUUUUGAAUUUUAUUAGUUUUCAUUAUUCAAAAUACCUACUUUCAGUUGAUUAGA